AGAUUUUUGAACAUCGCAAUUUGACUGGGUGUUCUUGAUCUUCUUCCAUCUGCAAGAAGGUCGAAUCCCCAAAGGACAAAGAGGGUUUAAGGCUUCCUGGGUCGAACCAUCCUUAAACCCUACGCCGGGAUUAGCUGUCGGGUUGUUGGUUGGUUUCGGUUGGACAUGGGGAAGCAGAGGAUAAUACUGCCGCCGGACCUUCCGCCGGAGGUAGCGGAGGAGGAAAUCCAAGUCUCCGACGAGGACUUGCAGUUCGUCAACGACAACCUCGACUACGCCGGCUUCGUGUCCCGUCUAGACACCCGUUCCAUCACCAAGCAUGUGACGCGAGUGGCUGACCUCAAAGAAGAUGCUCUGGAAGCCCUCUAUGAGAAGAGGUUGAAGAAGAAGAAGGCCUUGCAGAAAGAGGAGGAGGAGGAGGAGGAGGAGGAGCAACCCGGGAUUCCAGUGGGUCAUGUGGAUGCUCUGCCUGUCAAGACCUUGGACGGCCAACUAUACUAUCGCACUUUGUUAAAUGCAUCCAAACAAUCUGAAGGUGCGGGUGAAGGGGAAGGAGCCACCCAAGAGACAGAUAAGGGUCUGGUGAAGCUCACUAAAGCUGAAAAGCGAGCUAAGCUAAAAAAAAGCAGGAAAGAAGCUAAGAAGCAGGCGAAAGAGCUGCCUCCAGAUGAAGUGAAAGACAACCCCCAACGAGCUGUUUUGGCUGAGUUGAAGGAGGACGUCACUGCAGAAGAGUCAUUUGAAACUAAGAAGUGUAAACUUGCGGAACUGGGAAUUGCUCUGCUUGCUGAUCCAGAUUCUAAUAUUAAACUUCUAAAAGAAAUGCUGCAGAUGUGCAAUGAUGACAAUCAUGCCAUCAUUAAGCUUGGGCUUCUAUCUUUGUUGGCUGUGUUCAAAGACAUCAUUCCUGGUUACCGCAUUAGACUUCCUACUGAGAAGGAGCUCGAGAUGAAAGUUUCAAAAGAUGUCAAGAAGAUGCGGUAUUAUGAAUCGGCACUUCUGUCGGCAUACAAGGCCUACCUGCAGAAGUUGAUGGUUUUAGAAAAGGUCUCCUUGUAUCAACAUGCGGUGGUUCGCUGCAUCUGUGCUUUGCUAGAUGCUGUUCCUCAUUUCAAUUAUCGCGAGAGCUUGGUUGAAGUUGUUGUCAGAAACAUAAGUUCCUCGGAUGAGGUCAUAAGGAAACUUUGUUGUGACACUAUUAAGUCACUUUUUACAAAUGAGGGUAAACACGGCGGUGAAGUGACUGGAGCGGCUGUUCGAUUGAUUGCACAUUAUGUGAAAGCUCAUAAUUGUCAGAUGCAUCCUGACUCUAUUCAAGUACUUAUGUCUCUGUCAUUUGACGAGGAUCUUGGUAGAUCUGCAGCACCAGAUAAGGAUAAAAAUGUUAGAAAUAAGAAAUAUAAGAAAGGAAACCGAUUGGAGGAAUCAAGCCAUAAACAACCGACUGAUAGAAAGAAAUCUAGGCAAGAAAUGAUGUCGAAAAUGAGGGAAGAGGUUGCUGCUGAUUAUAAAGCAGCUAGUUUCGCUCCAGAUAUUAUGGAGCGUCGAAGGAUGCAGUCAGAGACACUAUCUGCCGUAUUUGAGAUAUAUUUUCGUGUUCUGAAGCACACUAUGCAGUCAAUUGUGCCCAGACCUAAUGGAGAUACUGGUACAACUCAUGUGACUGAGGCUCACCCACUCCUUGGACCAUGUUUGGAUGGUCUAGCAAAAUUUUCUCACCUGAUUGACUUGGAUUAUAUUGGAGAUCUCAUGGACUACCUUAAAAAGCUUGCAUGUUCUGGUGGAAAAACAGACAGUUCUGGAAAAUGCGUGACUGUCUCGGAAAGACUUCGCUGUUGCAUCAUUGCUUUCAAAGUGAUGAAAAACAAUCUCGAUGCUUUGAAUGUUGAUUUGCAAGAUUUUUUUGUUCAGUUAUACAACCUCAUACUUGAAUACAGGCCUGGAAGAGAUCGGGGUGAGGUGCUAGCUGAAGCUCUAAAGAUGAUGUUGUGCAACGAUAGGCAACAUGACAUGCAGAAGGCCGCAGCAUUCAUAAAGCGUUUGGCCACAUUCUCUUUAUGCUUUGAGUCUGCAGAGUCCAUGGCUGCCUUGGUCACUUUAAAGCAUCUUCUCCAAAAGAAUAUGAAAUGUCGGGUUUUGUUGGAAAAUGAUCCUGGAGGUGGCUCAGUAUCAGGUUCUGUUGCGAAAUAUCAACCAUAUGCCUCGGACCCUAAUCAAAGUGGUGCACUAGCUUCCGUGCUUUGGGAACUCAACCUUCUAACAAAACAUUAUCAUCCAACAAUUUCAACUUUGGCUUCUGGCAUCUCUAACUUGAGCGUUGCUCCUACCCAAGCUCAUCUCUCUACUCUCUCCCCACAACAAGCUUUUCUAAACUUAUCACUUGAACGGGAAUCCUUCAGCGUGAAGAGCAAUGCUGUGAAGUUGAGCAACAAGAGGAAACGUGCUAGUGAUGGAGUGGUGGCAUCCAGUGUGGCCCAGCUUCUGGAGGAAGCAAGUUCUCUCAAUGAAGAUGAGGUGAAAAAGAAGCUAUCAGAGCAUUAUAUGCUCCUGCGCGACAUCAAAGAGAAUGAGAGAUUGAGGAGUGAGUUAGAUCGUACAACAAGGGCACUCAGAUUAUAUGACGAAUACAAGAAGCAAAUGAAGCAAAAGCGAAGGCGAAAAAACCAUAUAUCCUGAAUUUAUAGAAAAUCGGCCUCUGCCU